AUGGCAACUGGAGAAUCUUUCAGAUCGUUGGCCUUUGCCUUCCGAAUUUCUCAGAGUUAUUUAACACGGAUUAUAAGAAUGGUAUUGCAAAGUUUAAGUAUUCAUCUAACACCUAUUUUACUAAAAAUGCCAACAAAAGAUGAUUUAAUACAAAUAUCUGAAGAAUUUUGGAAAAGGUGGAAUUUUCCGAAUUGUGUCGGCGCCAUAGACGGCAAACAUAUUCGAAUCUUCGCACCUGGAAAGAGUGGCUCAUUAUUCUUCAAUUAUAAAGAUUUUUUUUCAAUAGUAUUAUUAGCGAUUGUCGACGCGAAUUGUAAAUUUAUUUUCGUUGACAUUGGAUCUUACGGCAAAGAAGGGGACAGCGGAAUUUUCCAUAAAUCAAAAAUUUCAGACCUUAUAAAUAAGGGCGGAUACUUUCCUCCACCAUCGAAAAUCCCAAAUUCCGAUAUAAGUUUACCAUAUGUGCAUGUCGGUGACGAAGCUUUCCGUUUGGAAUCAAAUAUGAUGCGUCCGUACACAAGAGUUGAGUCUCGGAAAGAUUAUGAGAAAACUGUUUUUAAUUAUCGUCUUUCACGUGCCAGGAGGACAACGGAAAAUAGUUUCGGACUUCUCAGUCAAAUUUUUCGCGUUUUUUAUACCCCGAUAUCAUUAAAAACAGAGACAGUAGAUUACCUUGUUUUAACAGCAUGCUUGUGUCUACACAAUCUACUUCGUGAUCGUUAUUUGGAAAAUUCGGGAAAACAUUACUAUGACUAUGACUCAAAUGAACCACAACCUACGAAUAACAUGAUACCAUUGGCAAGAGUUGGAGGAUACGGGAACUUUGAAGGUUUUUUUGUAAGGGAUGAACUCACAAAAUUCUUCAAUAGUCCAGAAGGGGCUGUACAAUGGCAAAAUUAUCAAGUGAAAAGAACGGAUAUUACGUAA